AGGGCCUCCUCCUCCUCCUCCUCCUCUCCGUCAUGGCUCCGUCCGCGCGCAGGCUGGGGCUGUGGGGGCCGCCGACCUCCACGCUGGAUUGGUGCGAGGAGAACUACGAGGUGACUUUCUACGUGGCGGAGUUCUGGAACACUGUCAGCAACCUGAUCAUGAUCCUUCCUCCUCUAUUUGGCGCCCUGCAGACGUUUCGGAGCGGCCUGGAGUUCCGGUACAUCUUCUCGUUCCUGGGUCUAGCAGCUGUAGGUGUGGGUUCCUGGUGCUUCCACAUGACGCUGCUGUACGAGAUGCAGUUGCUGGACGAGCUGCCGAUGAUUUACAGCACCUGUGUGUUUGUCUACUGUCUAUACGAGUGCUUCAAGCAAGAGAAGACUGUGGGGUUCUUUCCCAUCGCAUUGCUGUUCAUCUUCAGCAUGUCCGUCACCCUGGUGUACCUGCAGUGGAAAGAGCCCGUGUUUCACCAGGUCAUGUAUGGAGUUCUGGUGGCUUGUCUGGUGAUGCGGUCGAUCUUCAUUGUCACAUGGGUGUACCCGUGGCUGAGGCCAUUGUGUUAUGCAUCUUUAGCUAUCUUCUUGCUGGGCUUUCUGCUGUGGAACAUCGACAACAUCUUCUGUGAGCAGCUGAGAGCCAGCAGACGAGUUCUGCCUGCCGGGGUGGGAGUCUUGACACAGUUCCACGCCUGGUGGCACAUCUUCACGGGUCUGGGCUCCUACCUGCACAUUCUUCUCAGCCUGCAGAUCAGAUCAACCUACCUCAAGUACAGAGCAAAGGUGAAGUUUCUUUGUGGGGUCUGGCCCACGCUGCACAUCGAACCGCAGAGGACCAGCUGAUGUCGGGCUCACACGUGGCUGCUGCCAGAGCUGCCCUGACCCCUGACCCUGCAGGGGCAGGUGACCCUGAGGAGGCCCCUCCAGGACUGUGAGGACUGCUCAGAAGUUAUAACUGGAAGGCCUUUUUGUUGGCUGUAAUUGAUGACACAAAUUAAGGGAUGUGUGUGAAUAAGGAAGCUGCUGCAGCUAGACUGAUCAGCUAAUGCUAAUUUAUGUAUUUAUGUUUUGGAAGAAUGAUUGAGGAGCUGACAUGAAGGAAGAUGAACAUUUAAAAUGUACUCAAAUGUUUUUAUUAUUUAUGGGGAAAAUGGAAAAACAAACUCAGAGAUUUCCUUUUUGGAACUUGAACUGAAUAUCAAAAGUGUUGCUCAGAGUUGGAAGUUUUUAAAAGUCCAGUUUCUGGUUUGAAGAUGACUGAAUUAAAAACAAAUCAAUGUUUGGAUUAACUCCAGGGCUGGGAAACUCCAGGGGCCUAUUUCCAGAAGCAGGUUCAACAAAUUUAGAGUUCAAACCUGAACUCAGAGUCCACAGAAUCAAAAUUGGCAAACUUAGUUUUCGGUUUCAGAACAAAAAGUUUGAUUCAAUCAACUUGAAGUUGUUAGAACCAGAAUCAGGUGAGAGUGUCAUGACCAUCAAAAGCCCUGAUCAAUGGAGCAAAGACAGCACGAUUCACCAUGGCAACGGGAACAAACACCUUUAGGUCUUCACACUAAAGGGGACAGAAACUGAUGUGUUUCUGCAAGCAUAUGGGACUACGAGCACAGUUUCAUCAAGAAGAUCAACAUCUGCAGCGGUAAAACUGAGAGGAAAUAUCUGGAGAGUUAAUGCGAACGUCUACAUUUGAAUCAUUUCAAUUUAGGAGAAGAACUAAAUCAUGUCAGGAAGGUCACUUUUUAAGUCAGGAAUGGUUUUGAUCUGUCAAUAAUUUAACCAGGAAUCUCCGAAAUUGCAUGAAUGACCGAAAACUCAGAGUUUUCCUGAAUUUGGAGUUCACAAACUCAGAGUUUAAACAAAAACUUCCUUCUAAAAAUGGGCUCCUAGCCUCGAGUUCACCAACCAACCUGCUGUUCCAGCUCCUAAUAGGCUGAACACACCUGAUCCAGGUAAUCAGCAGCGGAUAAUGCUGGGAUCUGGGAAACCAGCAGGAGGCCGGCCCUCGAGGCCUGGAGUUUGACCCCCUGAUGUAUUCAUUACACACAGUUUUAUUUGUCAAGCAUUUUUGUUUGUCUUUAAGUCAGAAAACAGACGAAAGUGCUUGUUUUCCUGUGUAAAUCUACCAUUUCCUGUCCAGUGUUCCGUUCAUGUUGAUGCUCGUGUUUCCAGCUCAAAACUGCUCCUCUAAAGUUCUGGUUUGGAGCUUUCUUUUGCAGUUUUGACAGCAUUUAAUGUCAAUGUCCUUUUUCACUGUUCUUUCAGGUUUGAUUUCAUACUUUUUUAUCAUUACCUCUUAUUUGAAAGGACCAAGAAGGUCUUUCAGAGGCCAAACAUGUUCAGAACCAUCCUCCUCUCUGUGACUAUAGUGCUGCAGCGCCUCAUCCCAGUCAGACUGAAGCUACUAUUGACUGAAUAACUUCAUCAUUUGUUUCAGGUCCUUUUUUGUAAUUAAGUUUAUCAUCAACAGUUUCUGUCAAGUCCAGAAACAAACAUCAACUCUUCUAUUCAGUUUAAGUUUCAAUCCUCUGAAUGAAGACCAAACAGAAACUGAAGAUUAUAAUCAUCACUGAUAGAAACGGAUUUACAGAAAACUGUAUAAAGACACAGAAAACGUAACUAAGCCUCUGCAGAGCGUCAUGAUAAGGCCAGUGUUAGUUCAGAGAAACAUGGAGGUUCAAACAUGACCACAAACGUAUUUUAUACUGAAGCACAAAACAGUUUUAGUCAACACAGCCAUCAAAUUAUGGGAGAGGGACGAAAGAGAACAUUGUUUUCAAAUCCAGGUUUUCUCAAGAGUUUUGGGUCUGUAUACUUCAUGAAAACAAGAAAAAAACUUUGGGCAGUGUUUGUGAAAUAAAUGAUGAUGUCACUACUUCA